UGCGUAAAAACUAAAAAUGAAGUGCUGUGUGUUAAAUUGCGACAGCUAUCAAGAUGCAAGAUCAUUCUUGCACUUCUGCAAUUUUUUUGUGUUAAGAAAGGCUUUCCAGCAGAAUCGAGUAAAAAAUUUGAAUAGUUUUCUGUUGUGAAACACAGCUUAUAGAUUCAGUUUGGUCAGCUGUUUACAAUAACCUCAAAAUUAUCUAAAAUGCUCCGCUUACUGUUGCGACAAUUUAGGAAUACUCCAGUUAAUUACACACACUCGAAUAAGCGUUUAGCAGUACAAAGAUGGAUCCACACUACAAACAAAAUGCUUCAUGGAGAAUACGAGUGGCAAGAUCCCAAAUCGAAAGAUGAAAUUGUAAAUGUUACUUAUAUUGACAAAGAUGGGAAUCGAACGGAAGUCAAAGGAAAGGUAGGAGAUAAUGUACUGUACUUGGCCCACCGCCACGGCAUUGAGAUGGAAGGUGCUUGUGAGGCAUCAUUGGCAUGUACGACUUGUCACGUCUAUGUAAUCGGAAAAUAUUACGACUACUUACCUGCAGCGCAAGAGAAAGAAGAUGACUUACUAGAUAUGGCGCCAUUCCUUAGAGAAAACUCACGACUUGGCUGUCAAAUUGUUUUAACAAAAGAGCUGGACGGUAUAGAAUUACAGUUGCCAAACGCGACAAGAAACUUCUAUGUGGAUGGCCACAAACCGAAGCCGCAUUGAUCAUUUGACCACCAUAAAGAUUAGACCAAAGCAAAUCUUAUGUAUGACUCAAUGUAUUGUAAGAUAAAGCAUAUGUGUACACAUACAUACAUAUGUAUCUGUGCUUUUUUCUAAUAACGUUAUUGUAAAGCAUCGUUAUAUUAUAUGGUAAAUAUUCUAUAAAUAUAGUUUAAAAGUUGAAAAUUCUGAUGCUUUACGUCAAUGAUUUUAGAAAGGCAAUAUCCACGCAAAUAUGGGUGUGUUCAGAAAUGCAUCAAGACAAAGCAUCAGUCUCUUUCAUUUUUAAAUUAUAAUUUAUGGAAAUUCCUUAUUAAGAGAACUAAGUUCCAACGCUCAAUGUAACCGUGGUUGCGCGUAUUGGACAUUUCCAACAAUUGCAGUAUAGAAAUAAAAGCCUGAUGUUUUGGCUUGAUGCAUGUCUGAACGCACCCUAUAUACGGAACUAAUAAACUUUAACGCUAUGUCAAUAUCCAAGUUUUCUUUGUAUGUUCUUUAUUCAAUUUAAGGGAUUUCCACUUCACUUAAAUAAGUUAUCUGCUAAAAAAAUGGUGCCACAAAGCUCACACGUUACAAAAAAAAAAAAAAUGAAAUUCGGGCAGGUUUUGCAAUUCACUCCUGAAUGAACCUCAACCCCUGCCAAUUUGAAUUCAAAGCGAACCUGACUCAAAUUGUCUCCGAAGUGAAUUGCAGAACCUGCCGGAAUAUAAACUAUUUGGAGGAAUAAACUUUAAACUAUUAAAUGUGUUAAUCAUACGAAAGAACUAUUAAAGUAAACUACAAUUUAGGUAACAAAAGAAAUAUAAAAUCUUACAGAAAAUAUUUUACUGGCGAAAAUUUCAAAAAUCAACAUCCAUGGCUUAUGUAUGAUACAUUUUCAUUACCUAAAUGAAAAACGUUGAGACAGCUUAUUUUAGUUAUUUCUUCAAAAACUGAUACGAUUAUUCCCGAAACUGUAAAACAGCUCGAUUGAGUGGAAUAGAUGUCAAAGCCUUGUAUAUGUUACCGGCCAAACCCCGGUCUUAAGAGCAAACAAGUUUUUCCUAGGCUAAACGUCCAACGCGGAAACAAGUUUUUUUGAAGCGCGCACAAAGGCCGCCUACGCGGAAAGAUGUUCCGCGCAAAUAUACUAAGGCCCCUGAUCUAGUUUAGCCUAGGCAAAACUAGUUUGUCCUAA